UUUUUCUUUUUUUUCUUUUCUUCUCCACAAAAUUUGAAUUUUGACAAUUCUGCUUAAUUUUUAAUUUUUAAUAUUAGCUUCUUUUCAAUUCUUGCAAAUUCAGCUUUCCAUUUAUCACUCUAAUUUUUCUAGCGUACACAUUACCCAAAUAAUAUAAAACUAUUCUAAUAUGCAGGCACCGGCUUCAGGCACUUUGGCAGUAAAGAAAAAGCUGAUUAUUAUGGGCAGGAGCGGAGCCGGGAAAACGUCGAUGCGGUCGCUCAUUUUCUCCAACUACACGGCCAACGACACGCGGCGGCUGGGCGCGACCAUCGACGUGGAGCACUCGACAGUGCAGUUUAUGGGCGACUUGAACCUGAACAUUUGGGACUGUGGCGGGCAAAAUAAGUACUUGGACAACUACCUGAACGAGCAGAAAGAAAACAUAUUCGGCAACGUCGAGGUGCUUAUCUACGUGUUUGAUCUGGAGACCACAAGCAGGGAGAGCGAGAACCACCUAUACGACGAGUGCCUGGAGAGCCUGUCGCGGUACUCGCGCGAUGCCAAAGUGUACUGCCUGGUGCACAAGAUGGACAAGAUCAGCGAUGUGAAACAGAAGGAGCAGACGAUCGACAACUACCGGCGUGCGCUGGCGCGGAGGUCCGAGCUGUUCAAGCCCGAGGUCUUUGGCACCAGCAUCUGGGACCACACGCUGUAUUUCGCGUGGUCGCAGAUUGUCUACAAGCUGGUGCCCAACAUGGCAACCAUUGAAUCACACCUGAACAACUUCCGGCGACUGACCGAAGCGUCGGAGGUGAUUUUGUUUGAGCGCGCGACGUUUCUGCUUGUCUGCCACACGACAAACAACCCCAAGGUGGUUCUUAACAAGUACAUGAGCAUUAGCCAGUGCGUCAAAAUGUACCGCAACACGUGCAGCCAGGUGCAGCUGCCGUUCCAGAGCGUGGAGAUUCGCAAUAAGCACUACACGAUGUUCAUCGAGCCGUUCACUAAGAGCACGUACAUCAUGGUCAUCACCACUGAUAAUGAGGUCGAGCCUGCUUUGACAAAGGCCAACAUCGAAGCUGCGUGCAAGCACUUUUCCAAACUGGCUGAGCUGUAGCUAGCUUCCCCAAGGCCAUUUAUCCAUUCCAAUCAAUCAACUUGUCACAUCUUAAUGCGUGCAAAUGGGGUAUAUUGUAAGCCGGAUGAAUGCUAUAAAAGGGCCAACCUGCACGAUUGGUAGCGAGCUUGCCACAUUCGGCCUGUGGUGGUGACCGUGCGCAAGACUGCACACAAAGCUGUGCCGCUCGCCUAAUCACGAUCAGGACCAGUCUGGCUAACUAAUCACCGUAGCUAGCAUGACCAACUAAAACUGCGUGUCCGCACAGACGAAAUCGUGUGCCCCACAUGCCUGCUCCUUCUUUUAUUCCGCCUUUCGCUUUUUAUUUUGUUGAAUUGCUGCCCCUGCUGUAA